GCUUUGCUUUGCUUCGAGCCUCACGCUUCCUCUUCAUGCCGUUUUAUACCCAACUCUUGACUCUAAUGGGCAAUUGAUCCUUUUAGAGAAUUGCCAGAAUGGGCGAGUCGGACAGUGGGCACUUACUCGAUCCACAGAGCCCAGCAAACAGAAGCCGAUCACACUCAAGAUCUCCAUCUGGUCACAGGAGAUCCCCAAAUCUGGUCACAUGGAGCGCAGGUGAUGUUUUUCAUAAGGCGACGAACUUAGGCGAUGUAGAUACUGUUGCUAAAACAUUGAGGGCUUCUCCAGGCUGUGUAGAUGCCCGAGAGCCCCGGGGGCGCACUGCUCUACACGAAGCUGCGCUCUAUGGACACACGGCUGUAGCAAAGGCCCUGCUUGAGCAUGGCGCCGAUGUCAAUGCACGAAGCUUUACGGGGUACACACCCCUAACAUUUGCCGCUGAGAAUGGCCAUACAGAGACCAUGUUGGCGCUCAUUGAACGCCGCGCGGACUUGAACGCAGCAUCCACAAUCCACCAAAUGAAUCUGCGAGGACACACUCCAUUGCACAGAGCUGCUUUCCGUGAAAAUCUCGAGGCGGUUCAACUCCUGGCCGGCAAAGGCGCAUCAAUCAACGCAGUAACUGCGACUGGGAUGACAGCACAACAAGUAGCCAUCCAGAAGGGACCGCUCGCUAUUGUGUUGGUCCUGACGGCUGCUGCUGAGGAGUCACGUACACAAGACGCCAAUGGUCAUGACGCUAUCCAAUACGCUCAGAUGCUGGAUGAACCACGACGCGGUCAGGUAAUGGAAAUCUUGGGUAAAUGGGGAGACAAGUCGAGGUACAAGUCAGACCUUUUACGGUGUCAACGUAGUGGUGAGCUGUCACGAUUCUUUGAUAUGCGAGGAAAUCUGGAUUUAGUCGCAAUGCUGUGCUGGAGUGCUGCGAAAGGUAGAAGGGCUGUCACCGAAUACGUUUUGGAUCUAUCGCGCUGGGGCCGCCUCGACCUAGCCAAUGCUAAGGACCAGUCAGGCUGGACAGCUCUUCACCAUGCCGCUUGGGGAGGCGAGCCAAAUAUCGCACAGAAACUCUUGGAGACUGGUGCAGUGGUCGAUAGUCUUACCAAGAACAAUCGCUGGACUCCUCUACUCCUAGCGGCCGAAAGGGGCCGGAGGAGAACUGUACAGGUGUUGCUUAGUCACAGUGCUGAUGUACUUGCUACGACACAUCAUGGGAUGACAGCACUGGAUCUGGCAUCUAAAGGAAAGCAUGAGAAGACCUUAGAAGUUCUUCUAAACGAGAUACAAGCUCUCAAGUCUACGAAAAUGAAACAGGAUACUCGGCGUUGGCGCCUAGCCAUGCUUGAAUUCCAGAAGGCGGAAGCAAUCAGCAAUAAAAAAGACGAAGAGCUAUCAGAGAUAGCUGAAGAAAUCGCAAAUACUAUGCCUCCGGCUGGGGCGAAGCCUAAUAACAGCUUAUUCAGCGGCGCAUUUGACGGGACAAUGUUCUCUGCAUCUCCGACCAGCCCUGAUCUAGUCCAGUCAAGGACCUACCACCAGCUUAUCAAUACUUGGGACGAAUUUUUCGAAUUCCAUGAAAAGGAUAGGAGAGUGAAAAUUGCGAUUCUGGACACAGGUUUUGAUUCUAAACAUCGUGACUGGGACAACCCGCGGGCACUUAGGUUCAAGAAUAACCAACCAGAAAGCGACCCCCGUGAUGUGAAGCAGCGGGAUAGGAUCAAAGAGUUCCGAGAUUUCUGCGGAAGCGUUGAUGGCCAGGAGAGUGAUGGUGUGGAUGUGGAUGGCCACGGUACACAGGUAACCGGAAUCAUAUUACGUCUCGCCCCAAGAGCCGACGUAUACGUCGCCAGAAUAUGCGAAGGUGACAGGAACCGUGGAUUACCGGCACACCUUCAAACCGUGGGACUGAGUACGAACGGCACUAAACCUCAGCCAGCUGCAGUAGCUGCCGCAAUAGACUGGGCCAUCGAAAAAAACGUCGACAUAAUAAACAUGUCGUUUGGCUUUAGUCGUCCCCCAGUAAUAGUAAAGCGAGCCUUAGAACGUGCUAAAGGCAAGAUACUCGUUUUCGCAGCAAUGUCGAACGAUGGCAACAACAGUCCAACCGGUGCCGCGUGGCCGGCGAGGGACCUUGAUUAUGCCAUCGGCAUCCACUCCUGCAAAGAAGGCGGCCGGAAAACCUCAGACUUCACCCCGCCUCAUGUCCCCGCGACACAUAACCUCAUGGUGGUAGGUGAAGGCAUCAUCACACACUGGCCGGAGGCCAAGGGAGGCGGUUUCCGUCUAGAUGACGGCACGUCCUUUUCAACGCCUGUAGCAGCGGCCAUGGCGGCGCUCGUGCUGGCCUUCUGGUAUCAGCGUCGAGGCAGGAAUGAACGGAUGGAGGUGGAGAAUCUCGUCGAUUUAGAGGAUCUGCGGCGGAAUAAGGUAAUGUCUUCGCUCAUGAUGCAAAACAUGGGGACAAAAGGUGAGAAUGUGAACUUCUCGUAUAUAAGGCCACAGUUGCUGUGGAUGAACUAUAACCCGCUUUCAGAAGACCAGCUCCAGCCAGAGUAUAAGAGGCGGCAUGCUUGGAAUGUCAUACAAGAUGCGCUUAGCCGGCUUUAAUCGUUCAUAUUCGACUGAACAUAUUGAGUCGUAUAUAUACCUAGGUCAUAUAUGUCGUGAUGCCAGUAGGGCCACCACGUUCGCAAGGCUUCGUCUUUGCUAAGUUA